CACACAUAUAUAAUCAACAAAACAGCCAUCCCAAUAAAUGUGUACAUAUCAAAAACCUAUAUUUCACUUUCAAAAAGAAAAUAAAAUUAAUAAUCAAAUAAAUAACCCCCUAGAAAAAGAAAAGAAAAAAAUUAAUCGCGAUAUAAAUUUUCACUCUCUCUUCCUCCGCGAUUACAGGUCCUUUUGGUUCCCCUCUGUUUCUCUUUGAUCCAAUUUCAAGAAGUGUUCAUAUCUGAGUAAAAGGUUUCGUUCUGAGAUAAAAUUGGAAAGAUGUUUUGGCGUAUGGCAGGGCUCUCCACGGCGUCGCCGGUGGAAACAAUUUUAGAUAAGGAAAACUUUACAUUAGAGGAGCUUCUUGAUGAGGAUGAAAUUAUUCAAGAAUGCAAAGCUCUUAAUGGGCGUCUUAUCAAUUUUUUGCGAGAGAGGGCUCAGGUAGAGCAACUUAUUCGCUAUAUUAUCGAAGAGGCCCCUGAGGAUGCUGAAAAAAGGCGAACAUUCAAGUUCCCUUUCAUUGCCUGUGAAAUUUUUACUUGUGAGGUCGAUAUAAUACUGAAAACACUGGUGGAGGAUGAGGAGUUGAUGAAUUUGCUAUUCUCCUUUUUGGAACCAACACAAACUCAUAGCACACUGUUAGCUGGGUACUUUAGCAAGGUUGUAAUAUGUCUGUUAUUGCGGAAGACAAUUCCUUUUAUGCAUUAUAUUAAGGCUCAUCAGCAAAUUCUUAAUCAGUUGGUUGACUUGAUUGGCAUUACAUCUAUCAUGGAGGUGUUAAUUCGACUGAUUGGUGCUGAUGAACAUAUGUAUACCAGCUAUAUGGAUGCAAUGCAGUGGAUAGAAGAGACAGAUGUGCUGGAGAUGAUUGUAGACAAGUUCAGCUCUUCUGAUUCUCCAGAGGUGCAUGCUAAUACAGCCGAAACACUCUGUGCUAUAACACGAUUCGCUCCUCCUGGUCUUGCUGCUAAAAUCUCCAGCCCAAAUUUUAUUGGAAGAUUGUUUCGCCAUGCUUUGGAAGAAUCACGCCCGAAAUCUGUUCUUGUUAACUCGUUGUCAAUAUGCAUUUCCUUGCUAGACCCUAAGAGGCUAACCUUAGGUUCAUAUCAUACUUAUAACCGCCAGCUGAAUCAUGGGUCUACAGUAACAGUCAGUCCUGAGACAGUUGAAGGCAUGCUGGAUAGCUUAGGUGAUCUGCUGAAACUUUUGGAUGUUGCUUCUACAGAAAAUAUCUUGUUGACUACAUAUGGGAAAUUACAGCCACCACUGGGAAAACAUCGUUUGAAGAUAGUGGAAUUCAUCUCUGUCUUACUGUCAGUUGGAAGUGAAGCUGCCGAGAAGGAAUUGAUUCAACUUGGAGCAGUCCAAAGGAUUUUAGAUUUGUUUUUUGAGUAUCCAUACAAUAAUUUUUUGCAUCACCAUGUAGAAAACAUAAUAUUUUCAUGUUUGGAGAGCAAGCUUGCAGUUCUUAUUCAGCAUCUGCUUCGUGAAUGUAAUCUUGUUGGAAAAAUACUUGAAGCAGAAAAAAAUUCCACAUUGGCGGCUGACACAGGCAAGCCAACACUCCCUGCUGAUGCUAGACCACCACCAAGGAUAGGAAAUAUUGGACAUUUGACUCGUAUAUCCAACAAACUUAUCCAGUUGGGAAACAACAAUGGUGAUAUUUUGGCAUGCUUGCAGGAAAACAGUGAAUGGACUGACUGGCAUGCAAAUGUUUUAACAAAGCGUAAUGCAGUGGAAAAUGUCUAUCAGUGGGCCUGCGGGAGACCUACUGCUCUACAUGACCGGAGAGAUAGUGACGACGAUGAUUACCAAGACAGAGAUUAUGAUGUUGCAGCCCUAGCAAAUAAUUUAAGCCAGGCAUUUAGAUAUGGCAUUUAUGGCAAUGAUGAUGUUGAUGAGGUUCAUGGUUCACUAGAACGAGAUGAUGAGGAUGUCUACUUUGAUGAUGAAUCUGCUGAAGUUGUCAUUUCUUCUUUGCGAUUGGGAGAUGACCAGGAGAGUGGCUCCCUUUUCACAAACUCCAACUGGUUCGCUUUUGAGGAUGAUAGAGUUGCCAAUGAGCGCUCUGCAGGAGCUCUGGCUUCUUCUUCACCGAAUAAUGAAGAACCUGUCUUUGUUGAUGGUGCGGGCAAUGAUGAGGUUAUGGUUGGAGAAGAUGAUGACUUGGAUGACACUGCAACUUCUUCUCCAGCACCUGAACCGAGUUUAGAUGACUCGUCAGGGAACAACUUAUCUGAAGAUUCAAAAGAAAUUGUUGGAAAUGAAAAACCAACUGUAUGGGUUGAAUGGAGGGAGACACCAGAUACCAAUGAUCCAUUCAAUCCAGAUGUACCUCCUGUGCCAAAUGGUGAGCUUCAAGUGGAUUCUGAGAAUCAGGGUGGUGAUGGUGAUUCAGCUGUUGCUGAUCCUGUAUGUUCCUCAGAUGCGACAGUAAAUGACAGUAAUGCUGUUGAAGGAUCGCCAAAUGCAUCAAAUGAUAGCCCUACCACCAAUCCUUCUACAUCGUCAGAAUCAGGUAGCGAGAAUCCUAGUUCUCCUAAUGAGGUGAAGAUGACAGUAGAAACUGAAGAAACUCCAAAGGCCCACGAAGAUGAACAAAAAGAUGCGGCCAAGCAAGCAGAGAACUAGUAUAAAAAAUUCUUGGGAGUUGGUUAAGUUGGGCUAACUGAUAUUCUGCAACAUUGAUCAGGUGGGAAGACGAAGAUUGAGCGUACUGUUGGUUGACUAGGUGACUGUAUUUUAGAGCCUUCUGUACAUCAUCAAUGGGCAAUGUUGUUUAGUAGGGCAGAUUCUUUUUCCCCACCUGCAGAGCUCUCUUUCUUUCCUAAGGAUAAGGGGUAAUUAGUUUCUUAUUUUCCACCCUUCCUUUCUGGGAAUCCGAUGAUGCUUUAUUAAUUAUUUUUAGCUUCUAGCUUCUCUUUAGAUGGUUUAGAAACUGGAACUGUCACAGAGUAGAUGGAUUUGUUCUUUUUCUUUUUAAUUUUUUUCGCACGAGAACCUGUUCAUAUCAUACAUUUGUCCUUUUCACAUGAAUGUCAAAGUGUUGAUUUAUAGUAA